AUGGCUGAAAUCAGUGCCUCCCAGACGGGAGCAGUCAACCAAAUCUCCGGAGUCGAACUGCAGGAGAUGCGAGACUCGAUCUCAAAUCCGGAGGGAAUGCUUCCCACCAACGUCCGCCACAAGUGGUUUUAUGGAAAGAACAGCAAGGGAAAGCCGAAGAGAAAACGCGGUCUUGUUGACACCAUAUUCACCAGUAACUUCAAGCGUGUUGAUUCUGUGACUGCCCGUCAAAAGCCACUACCAUUCCUGCAAGACACUCCUACAAACAACCGCAAGUCUCGCCACGACUCCAUGUUUAGCAACCAGGAUCUCAAUGCCGGUUGCCAUUCUGGUCAAGGUCCUUCAGACCAGUCUUCUGAAGGAUCCCAAGCCAUAUUCACCACGGCUCAAGAGGUCUCGCAUGACUCAUCCGGAGAUCGCUGGACUGGAUCUACCCUCGGCAAUGUGUCUGCAGUGCAAUUCGCCUUUGCCAACGCAGGAGUCGACAUUGUCUUUGGUGGAUCUCAACAAGAUGAUCUCAUGGAUCUUGACGAAGGCAUUGAGACCAACUCUGAGUACAAGCAGAGAUUCUCUUUGAACCCGGUCCCGUCUCCAAAGUCCGAGGAUGCUUCCAAUCGACUACGCAUUCUCAAGACUCGCAAGGGCUUCGCUACCAAACCCAAGCAUGCUUCGGAUUGCCAAUGUGAGGACCCUUCCAGCCAAUAUUGCGAUCUCAAACUCAAGACCCCAGUCUUCGACACAUGCAUUACUGGCAUGCAAGUGCAAAAGCGCCCUGCUGACCUUGAUGAUGAUGCAACAUCAGACCAUUACCAUGUUGAAGACGACUCUGACCAUGUGCAAGCAUCCAAGAAGCCUCGUCUGGAAGACCACCACAGCACACAAUCCACAUGCCCUUCAAUCAAUGACUGCGAGGUGACAAGCCCCGUGAUCGAAGAGCCAUGCACCAACACCACUACCAACAACGAUGAGCCGCUCGUGAGUCCAUCUCUACUCAGCGAUGGCACAAUCUGUGACUACCCCGGCCGAUUCGAGAGUCCCGAAUCAGAUGCACUGAAGCGAUUCAAGAUCUCAAGCCCAUCAGAAAACCCCUUUGUGAUGGGCGACGCCAUCCAUCCACACAGCACCAUCGUUCAUACGAACUUUAUCCCCGACCCGAGUUGGGAGGUGUUGGACUACGAUCAAGUCACAUUAGACUACGGACCGCGGCUUCGCAAGGCGUCAUAGGAUGAUGCCGUGCAUCUAGCGAUCGAGUCUGCCAACGGCGAGGUCGGUUCCGAGGCAGAGGAGAAUUUACGUCGU